UCAAGAGGUUCCAGCUGUCGUGUGGCGCAGUUCACGUGGGCGCGGAUAUGUGCCAGCCACUCCCCACACACCGCCUGUAUCGGCUAUGAAUCACGGCAGUCCACGCUUCCGGACAGUGACUACCACUCCAGCCUAGAGGAAGAUUAUCUAACAACCAAUGACUCGAUGGAACCUCAAGUGCUGUGGAUAAGAAACGAAAAACCGUAUCUUUGGGCGAGACAAAUAAUACUAGGAAUGAAGUGAAGGAGCGGAGGUGAGACGUGGGAGAGUAAGGGAUCUGAGUGGCGCGUAAAGCGAAGAGGUGAGCAAAACACCCACCUUGAUCAGUGUGUGAAGAGGCAGCGGGAAGAGUUGGUGUUUCUGUCCGUCACUCUCGCUGGAACGUCUCGCAGGGAAGGAUGGCGGCAACGGACGAAGAGAAGAUGGCAAUGGAGUGGCCGGACAUCACUGUGGUGGUGUUGUACUUCCUCUUCGUCCUCGCUGUUGGUCUAUAUUCGUCAUGGCGGUCCAAGAGAGGCACAAUGUCUGGGUACUUCCUCGCCUCCCGCAACAUGCACUUCAUCCCGGUGGGCGCUUCCCUCUUCGCCAGCAACAUCGGUUCCGGUCACUUUAUUGGCUUGGCAGGGUCCGGGGCAGCGUCCGGCAUUGGCAUCGGUGCUUUUGAACUCAACGCGAUCUUCGUGCUGAUGAUCCUCGGAUGGCUGUUCGUGCCCGUGUACAUGGCCUCGGGCGUGUACACUAUGCCGGAAUACCUGAGGGAGAGGUUCGGGGGCCAGCGCAUCAGGGUCUACCUCUCCUGCCUCGCCCUCCUCCUCUCCAUCUUCACCAAAAUAUCCGCCGAUCUCUUUGCCGGGGCGCUGUUCAUCCAACAGGCGCUUGGCAAGAACACAGACGAGUGGCUCUACAUCAGCAUCAUCAUCCUGCUCGCCAUCGCCGCAGUGUUCACCAUCACCGGAGGACUCACGGCUGUCAUCUGGACUGACUUCGUGCAAACCAUCCUUAUGCUCUUCGGCGCUCUCACACUUAUGGGCAUUGCGUUCUACGAAGUGGGAGGAUACGAAGGCAUGGUGGAAAAUUACUUCACUGCGAUUCCCAACGUGACUCGAUACUCCAGCGACAAUAAAACUAACUGCGGGGAGCCUCCGGGAUACGCCAUGCACUUCUUCAGGUCAGCGGUGCCCGGAGAGUCUGACCUGCCCUGGCCCGGCAUGAUCUUCGGCAUCACGGUCUCCGCUAUCUGGUACUGGUGCACUGAUCAGGUCAUCGUGCAGCGAACACUGUCCAGCAAGAACAUGUCCCACGCCAAGGCCGGUUGUCUCCUGGCUGGCGUGCUGAAGUUCCUGCCUCUGUUCAUGCUGGUGUUCCCCGGCAUGGCGUCACGCAUCCUCUACACGGACAAGGUGGCCUGCGUGGAUCCCGAUUUGUGCUACAAGUACUGCAACAACAAAGCAGGCUGCACCAACAUUGCCUACGUCCAGCUCGUCCUGCACCUCCUCCCGACAGGCCUCUCUGGAAUGAUGUUGGCGGUGAUGUUGGCUGCUCUCAUGUCCUCGCUCACCUCCAUCUUCAACUCCUCCUCCACCAUCUUCUCCAUCGACAUCUGGACGAGGAUCCACAAGAAGGCGAGUGACGUGGAGCUACUCAUUGUGGGGCGCGGCUUUGUCCUCAUCAUGGUUGUCAUCUCCGUGCUCUGGAUCCCCGUCAUUCAGAGCUCCGCCAGUGGCCAGCUGUUUGUGUACAUUCAGAGCAUCACCUCCUACUUGUCCCCGCCCAUCUGUGCCAUCUACCUGCUGGCUAUCUUCUGGCCGCGCACCACAGAGCCGGGAGCCUUCUGGGGCCUCAUCGUGGGGCUGAUCAUCGGCAUCAUCAGAUUCAUCAUGGAGUUUGCUUUCACAAUCCCUGUCUGUGGAGAGCCUGCCUCAGAUGAUAAGCGGCCUGAGUGGAUCAAGAUAAUCGUGGGCAACGUGCAUUACCUUCACUUCGGGUGCAUCCUGCUGCUACUGACCAUGGUGGUGUCGGUGGGCGUGUCGCUUAUUACCGAGCCUAUCCCUGAGAAGUGUUUGCAUAGACUCACCUUCUGGAGCCGCAACAGCCAGGAGGUCCGCAUGUCCGUUCGCGAGUGGAGAAACGAGCAGCGUCCUGAUGAAAUCAAACACAUAUCGGGCACUGAUGUGAGCAGCGUAUCCACAAGAAGAACGCAAGAUCUGCCACAGUGGCGACGCAUGCUUAACCUGGUGUGCGGCGUGAGCUCAGCGGCUGAGACGCCUGUGGAAAACCCAGACGACAAACUAUCGCCAGAGGAGAAGGCCAAAAGAGCGGCCGAAUUCCUCGAGGAGAAGGCGCCGUGGAAAAACGUGGUGAGCGGCUCAGCGGUCCUUGUUAUGUGUCUGGCGGCCUUCAUGUGGGGCUUCUACGCGUAACUGUUCCUGUUUGUUCCCACAGCACCUGCACAGUAUUCAUGAUACCAUUAACACGCAAGACACUCGUUCCUCCAGAUAGGAACCAAACGUGUCAUGUCAUUUACGGAUUGGAUCAUAUUGAUAGAUUUCAUUCCUGGAUGUUGAAUGUAUCUUGUUCAUAUUUUUGUAUCAUAAUAUAGUUACUUGAUUCUGAUUAUCAUUUAGUUAGUUAUUGCGGAUGUAAUACUAUUGUUUACUACUAAUAGUGGAAUAUGUGUCUAUGUGUUCAUAUGUUUGUACAAAUAAGUUACAUGAUGUUAUUAGAGAAGGUACAAGAUUACCAUGA